UUUCAUUUCCUUUGUAUUAUAUUCAUUUGGAAAUGAGAUACAUUCUAGUUUCUAGAAUGCUGUCACGACGCGUAACCUCGUCUCUUAUCGAUCUUAUUAGCAAAAAUCCAAGGAACCCGUGGAAAAUUGAACGCUGUCAAUUUCAUGUAACGAACGUGGCGCGACGAAAGAAAAAGAAGAAUGAAGAACAGGGUUUGAAGAUAAUUAAAUUCGAAAAUUGCGAUGAUUUAACUAAGCCGACUCUCGAGACUUGUUGCAAAAACGCGAUAGUGAUAGGAGGUUCAGAAGGUUUCGGUUUCGCGGCAGCUGAUCAUUUUUUAUUCAAGGGAGCUCGUAAUGUCAUAAUUGCGGAUGACGAUACCGACGAAGGGUUAAUGGCAGUGCAAAAGUUAUGCGAUUCUUAUGGGAAAGAUCGUGCCCAGUUUCUUCAUUGCGACAUAAGAAACCUCUGUCACUUCGAAGCUGGUUUGAAACAGGCGAUUAAUAAACUUAAAAUUGUUCAUAUUCUAUUUAAUAAUCUUGACAAAGAUAGAUUGCCCACGAAAUGUUUGGAUACGAAAAAGAAUGAGAAUUAUACAGCCAGAACGAUUCGUGUGGGAAUGAUGCUAUUAGGAAAGAAUAAUGGUGGUUCUGGUGGGACAAUAAUAAAUUGUGCAAGUAUCUUUGGAUUCCUUGGUUGGCCACAGGAUCCAUUUCCCAUUUAUUGUAGAAAAGAGCCAGCUAUAGAAGUCACCCUGGAUUUCGCGAAAGAAAAUAAAAUAGAAGACACUGGAGUUCGUUUAAUAGCCCUUUGCCCGACAAACAAAUUAUUCUCUGAAAUAGGUCUACCAAAUUUUCCAGAACCAAUUCCGAAUAAAAGAGUGAACAACCUACCACCCUGUAUACCAUCCUCGAAGGAUCAAAUAGGACCUGCUUUAUGCUAUAUACUAGCCUGGGCUCAAAACGGAAGUAUAUGGCUAGUGGAACCAGCGAUUAGUGUGCAUAAAAUCCCUAAAUUAAUUCAUUUCCCUUCGAAAGAAGGCGAGAAAGUCGAUCCCAAGGUCUACGAGACAAAAAUCUGUCCGAUUAAACUGAGGUCACCUUGUGUCGAUACUUCCAAGGCAUGUAAUCCAAAGAAGAGUAGGUGGUGUCAAAAAAAUCCCUGUAUUCCAAAGAUGAUUAAAUGCUGUAAAAAAAAGAAAGCAUCGAAAAAGAAAUGAAACAUCUAAAACAUAUUUUACCAAGAAUGACACACUCGUUUAUUGUUAACUCGUUCGAUUUUCCAGCUGAGAAGGUAGUCAGGAUCUGAAACGCAGAUCGGUAACAGAAAUAAAACGGUGUAUCGCGGACGCUUGGCCACCGUUAGUGCCGAAUUUUUUCCAAAGGAUCGGCAUGAAUUCGAUCCUUGUUUACAAGCGGAUACCGUGGUCACGUUAUCCCAUCGCGAUAUCCGCGAGACAUUCAAUCCCGUACGAUUGAUUCUCGAUUUCUCGAGUUUCAUCGUCCACCGCGGACUCUCGGCUCGUGUGCCUUGAUCGCGGAAUAUAUUCGCAAACCGUGGUUCACGCGACAGUACGCGAUAUCCUCUGGAAAUCUGCGUCGAUUAUCCGGAUUCCCAUUGAAAUCGAU